AUGUGGGCUGUUGUUGGAUUGAGUUUAGUAGUUUUGCUAGUGACAUACAUUACUCACUGGAUUACACAAUGGAGAAAUCCAAAGUGCAAUGGGGUUCUCCCUCCAGGUUCUAUGGGCUGGCCUCUCGUUGGAGAGACUCUCAAUGCGAUGACUCCGAGCUAUUCCAUUGAUCUUCAUCCUUUCUUUAAGAAGAGACUUCAAAAAUAUGGCCCGAUAUUUCGGACUAGUUUGGUUGGUAAACCAAUUGUAGUCUCAGCCGAUCCCAAAUUCAAUAGUUACCUAUUUCAACAAGAAGGCAAGCUAGCUGAACUAGGGUUAUUCGACUCAUUUACCAAGAUCUUCAAGAUUUCUGGCGAGGCAAAUGCAACCGGUAGUAUCAUUCACAAGUACUUAAGGAGCACUACAUUGAAUCACUUCGGCACUGAGACGCUUAAGGAAAAGUUGCUCCCUCUAAUAGAAAAAGCGGCCGACAAAGCUCUAGCCUCCUGGUCAAGUCAGGCAUCUGUUGAAGUUAAACAUGCUAGCUCAGUUAUGCUCUUCAAUUUUGGUGCCAAGCAUAUGAUUGGUUAUGAUGCUGAAACAUCAUCUGAUAACCUCAGUGAUAAAUUUUCUAGUAUCAUGAAUAGUCUUUUGUCAUUUCCCUUGAAUGUUCCUGGUACAGACCGCGAUAAGAUAAUAACAAUGCUGAGGGAUAUGCUAAAGAAGAGACGCAUGUCACCGGACACACAUCGAGGAGAUUUCCUUGAUCAAAUCAGCAGCGACAUGGACAAAGAGAAGUUCUUGUCCGAGGAAUCUGUUGCUUACGUUGUAUUUGGGGUCUUGUUUGCUGGCUUUGAGCCUAUUUCAUCAGUAAUGGCAUUAGCUUUCAGUUUACUUGCAGAGCAUCCGGCAGCUUUAAAAGAGUUGACUGCUGAGAAUGAGGCACUUCUCAAAAACAGAGAAAAUCCAAAUUCCUCACUCACAUGGGACGAAUAUAAAUCGAUGACUUUCACUCGUCAGGUUGUCAAUGAAACUCUUAGACUGGGAAAUGUUACACCUGCAUUGCUACGCAGAGCUGUGAAAGAUAUCCCAGUAAACGGAUUUACAAUUCCAGCAGGUUGGACGAUUAUGGCUCUCACCUCUGAACUUCAACUAAGUCCCAACACAUUCAAGGAUCCCCUCGAGUUCAAUCCGUGGCGUUGGAAGGACCUUGACUCCCUUGUUGUAUCGAAGAACUUCAUGCCGUUUGGUCGAGGAUCGAGACAAUGCGCAGGGGCAGACUGGAAAACGAUCAAAGCGGGACGCAUUAAUCGAAAGCAUGUGUUAGGAUUUGGGGCAAGCAUUCACAUUAAGCUCUCGGAGAAGAAAAACUGA